AUGACCGGGCGACCAAGGGUGCGGGCUGUUGGGAAGCACAGCACUGACGCCCCCGUCGACCCGGAUUUGCUGCGUUUGUCCCCCGACCACUGCUUCGAGCUCAACCCGCCUGGGCCUGCCGUGAUGAUGGGAACAGCGGGCACUGGCGCAGGCGGUCACACGGGUCAGGUCCGCCCGCUCAGAAUUCCCACCGGUGGGACAGAAUCUCAGAUGCAGAUCCGGCAAAUGCCAGUAGCGCCGGCAGCUCCCAAUGAUGGAUCAAUGCAGGUCCCUAUGGCCCCUGCAGCGCCCGCAGCUUCCAAUGGGCCGAGUGGAGGGCGCGGUGGGGAGGCCUCGGGAUCUGAUGGCACCAAACAGCCGCAGCCUGCUCCGCAAGGCCAUGCCAUGGGCACCGUGGGUCCAGAUGACAUGCUCUUUGAUCUGGGCGCGAGGAUCCAAGCCCUGGAAGAGGAGAACAAAGCGCUGCGCGCGGAGAACAAUGACUUGCGACGCCAGCUUCAGGCCUCACAAUGA